AUGAACUCUCUAAAGAAAAAGAAGCAAGACAUCCUGUGGGGCAAAAAAUGGAGAAACCUUAUACAGCAAAAGGCAAUUAAGGAAGAAAUGAACAAGCAGCUGAAGGCCUCUCUGGAGAAGCAAAAGCAGGAGGAGGAGGAGAAGGAGUGCACGUUCAAGCCGCAGACCCUGUGGAACCAGAGCUUUAAGAAAACCAUUUCGUUCGUGGAUGAAUUUUUUGUCAAAUUGAAGCCGUACAUAGAGCAGCAGCAAGCCUACCUAAACCAGCUGAAGGAGCUCGAUCGGGACGACGAAAUAUUCGCGCAAAAAAUUAAGGCAAGGGAGAAGAGCACAGAGGGCAGAAAUGCGUCCGAAGAACUGCGAACCAUGUUGGCAAGAGCAGUGGACAAAGACAUAAUGGAAUCGAUCAUCGAAGGAUACAAAGGAGUACGGACCAGAGGAAUCAACAAAGUGAAAAGAGAGCGACUAGACCUUUUGUCUAAAAUGAUAAAACUAGAAAGAGCAUAUAAUUGUUUCAUGGCAAAAGAAAAUGUGGAUAAAAAAGAUUUAGGAGAGUGUGGAUUCGAUUGUGAUUUGGCAGCCAAGUUAAGAAAUGACAUUCUGAAGAAUUCCCUGUGCCCUAAUUCGCUAAGAGAUUUUGCUCGAAUCAGAUUGGAGAUUAAUCAAGUGUUGGAGGAGGAGCUUCACAAAAGAGAAAACGAAAAGGACAGUUUGAUGUGCCCUGCUCAGGGAGAUAAGAAUGAAUUGUCGAGGAGUGAAGAAGAUGACACGAGGCGGUACGACGUUGCGUUUGUUAACAGCUCGAAGGAGACUUCCCAGGAGGACCUGACCUGCGCGGGGGAUAACACAGCGGCGGAGGAGGGAAGUGUGCUUAUGGCGGGGGAGCCCUACCAACGGAAUGGUGACGUAAAGGAGAAGGCGACUAGGUUGCAUGGGCACUUAGCUCAGCCUAUCCCCCACGCGUGGAGGUCGGUAGCAGGUGCUCCACCCCACCUAGACGGCUGCCAAGUGGUGACGCCCAUCAGGACUGUAGCGACGGGAAAUUUUGCCUUUCGUGAGGAUGGACAAAUGAAGGAGGCGGGGAUAAGAGGAAACGAGCUAAAGGGAGCGACGUGUGAAUAUACCCCCCCAAUGGAAUACAUCAAUUACACAAUGGGUAGUAGUGUGGAUGCUCAGAAAAGGAGUAACAAGAAUGUCUACCUCAACAGCAACUACACAGCCAUUUUAAAAAACGAAGAAGCACACAAAUACGUCUCGUCGCUUCAAAAAGAUUUGAGUUCUGUAAAUGUAAUAAUAAUGAAUAAUAAUGCAGCGCAGGGGGUCACAAUGCAGAGCGGGAGAGGCAGCUUUGCCAACUCUCCCUUGAAGAAUGGCCCCUACUAUGGGAGGAAGAUGCCAACUUAUAUGGACCCAAAUAAUAUGAAUAGAGCACACAAUUUUGACCCCAUGCAGCAGAGAAGAGGUAUUGUGGUGCAGGGAGGAGGAAGCCCUGAAAGGAAGAACACCAGAUAUGUGGAUAAGGACAUUUACACCAUGAGGAAUGGAAACAACAUAUACGACCUGAAUGGGAUGAAAAAUAAAAAGGAAGAAAUCGUGUUCCACAAAAUGAACCCUUUUUUUAGAAACAAUCUUGUCCAUGGUGCGCAAGAGGAGGAUGACCUUGCGGUUGGAGUUGGGCGGGGGGAAAAAAGUACCCUCGGCACUUCCUUACAUUUGGGGGGUGACUUUCCCAAUCAGGGGGUAGUAGACCCAGACAAGCCUCUACUUCGAAAAAUAAUAGACAAAUUUUCCAUUUUGUAG